AGCGGGUGGCAGAGCACCAAGAGACAGUGAGUGGAGCCGAGGAAGACAUAAAGUAGUUUGUAAUGUCAAAUUAGCAUCUAAUGUUUAUUUACAAAAUAGAAGCCAGGAUUAUAACUUUGGAUCAUCAAGUCUUUGUUUUUGCAGUGCUAUCGUGCAUACAAGCUAAAGAGGGACGCCACCAUGAGUUCCUUGCCGGAGACCACGCGCUCCCUCAUGGAGGUUUUUAAUGGGAAACUGCAGGAUUUUACAGAUGAAAUUGCCAAUGUCCACAUGGUGUGGCUGGAGGAGAUCCAGCAGGAAGCUUAUCGCAUGUUUUCCAGUGACUUCAGCACCGAGCCAGAACUCAUGCCAAAGACUCCGUCACAGAAAAAGACAAACCGCAAGAAGCGAGUGUCGAUGGAGAUCAAUGAGUCUCGCAGCAAAAGACGUUUCUCCAAGGGGAAACGCAGCAACCUGCGUCGCUCCUCGGUCCAGAUGACCCUGACCACCCUCUCUGAACUCGUUACGCCACACGUGCCGACCGACAGCUCUGAGAGCCUGAUGGAGGAACCUUCUCGCCGCACGCGUCGCAACAAAACCACUGCCCCGGCUGAAACUGAACCGGUCAAGCGCAGCACCCGUAACAAAGGUGGCGCCAAAGCUAAGGAGGUGGAAAAAGUGGCAGAGAGCAUUCCAGAUGUGAAUGAAGCCAUUGAGGUGCAGGAUUCAGGCUCCAAUCAGGAUCAGAUCCUGGUGUCUGAAGCCGUGGUGAAGGUUUCCUCCUCGGAGCGUCUGAGUGCAGAUUCGCUGCUGAACGCUGGUGUGUCUCCGGGCCGAUCCGCUAAUAAAAUCCCCAUCACUGCAUUUGGGUUGCAGACGACACCUCAGGGCUCAUCUCGGACAUCAGCUCGGCGCUCGCUGGUGGUACGCCGUUCUCUGGUGGGCCUCAGGCAUAGCAUGACCCAGGAAGCUGUUCGCAGGGCAUCCCGGCGUUCUUUUCUGAAGAAGAAAGCCAGACUGGGAAACUCGAUCUGCAGCAGCUCUGUCAGUGAAGACAUCUGUAUGGAUGUUGAAACUGAGGAAAUGGAGAACAAAGAAGAACAGGUUGAUGCACCGCAAAUGGUCACUGAACCAGCUUCUGAAACCAAACCUGAACCAGAAAUAGUCCAAACUGAGGAACCUGAACCCGAGAAGACUGAAGAAAUGGAACCUGAGGUAAAAGACAAACUUCCAGAAGAGAUUGCUGAAUCUAGCACCACUGAGAACUGUCGCUUCACACGAUCCAUGGCCCGUACUUCAGAAACGGAUGGAGCAAAAUCCAAAGGAGAUGGCCGGCCUACGCGUUCAGGCACAAAGCGUCACUCCGCUCAGGAAAGCAACACACCCAAGAAAAAACAAUCUCCUCCGAAGAAGUGCCUCACGAGUACUGCUCCACACAUGCGAUCAUUCUUGCACACGGUGCAGAAGAACCAGAUGCUGAUGAUGACGCCUGGGUCUCUGGGCCGCAGCUCCAUUAUGAAAUCCUUCAUCAAACAAUCUGCCACCAAAACUGACACCAAGUUGGGCUCUGGCUCUGUGGAGCGAGAACGGCAGAAGUGGGACGCAUUGAACAAGAAAAUAGAACAAGAGAAUGAACGAAAGAAAAAGAUUGAGGAGGAGAGACGAAAGAAACAGGAAGAAAUGAAAAGGAAGCGGGACGAGCGUUUGAAACGGGUUGUUGAGGCUCGAGUGAAAGGUGAAAAGGAGAAGGAGCAGGAAAAGAAAAAGAAGAUUGAAGAAAAGAUGGCACAGCUGGAGAAGAAAAAUGACAUGCUGCGUGUUGAGCGGUUGGCUGAGGAGAAAGCCAAGAGGAAGGUUGCCACUAAACGACAGGAAGAGCUGGAGCUCCGCAAGAAACAGGAGGAGGCAGCCAGACAAAAGAAACUUCAGCAAGUUGAGGAAGAGGAGCGGCGGCACCAGGAGAUGCUGGCCAAACGCAAGGCUGAAGAGGAGCGAGAGAAGGCCCGCAAACUGGCCGAGGCUGCACGUGCUCUGGAGCUGAAGAAGGAACAAGAGCGGGAGAAAGAGAGGGAGCGCGAACGAGAGCGGGAAAGAGAACACGAGCGGGAGCGAGAAAGACAGGCUGUAGCUGAGAAAGAAAGACUGGAGAGAGAGAAGGCUAUUGCUCUUCAGAAGGAACUGGAGAGAGCAGCCAGAGAGAAAGAGAGGAGGGAGAUGGAGGAGAAGAGGAAGAUGGUAGAGCAACGGAAGGCUGAAGAGGAGAGGGAAGCCCAACAGAAACGUGCGGCUGCAGCCUCCGCCCCGGCGCCCCCUACAGUUACAGCACAGAACGCCAUUCUAAAUACUCCAGUUGGGAAAGUAGCUGCUCACAAUAAGACCAUAGAUUUUGGACCUGGACUCAACGUGACCGUGGACAUUGAGAAAUCUCCACAAUCAUACCAGAUCACCCCAAAGGGCCAGAAAGUGACUGUUUUAGUGAAUCCUGAAGAUUAUGGCAUGGACCAGAACAGCGAUGACUCCACAGAUGAUGAAUCUGCGCCCAGAAAACCCAUCCCAUCCUGGGCUGAGGGUAUGCAGUUGCAGCAAGCCAUCAUGAAGCAAUAUUACAAUCCACUGGAUCUCCAUUCAUAUUUUGGAGAACCUGAACCACCCAAACUGGAGGCGAUCUUCAGGCGGACAAAACCUCGCUUCUUUAAACGCACGAGCUCUGCCGUCUGGCAUUCUCCACCACGUUUGGGAAAUCUGGGCAUUUAAUAAGAUGUAUAUAUUUUUUUUUUUCCCUACUUUUGUUCUGUCGUCUUUUUAUGUUGUCUUUUUUACUUUGAGCUCACUUUAAUAAAGCUUUUAGAAAUCUAUAUAUAAGUAGGUUAGACUGGAAAAAAGAGCAGAAUGUGUAAUAUAGAUUACACAAAAGGUGAUAGGGUUUGACGCCAGUUUCCUGCCGCUGAGGGCAGACUGGGAAUGGGCUCGGUUUAAUUUACCUGCUUUUUUUUUUUUUAAAUGGGACUACCUUGUCACAAAUGUAUUUAAAUGUAGCGUCACAUGUUAUAAAUUUGGAAGUGUAUUCCUUUUUAAAUUUGGAAGUGUACACGGGAGCUGCUACAUAUAGAAAAUAUGGGGAUGGCGUUUGCCUACAAAAAUUCAUUUCACGAAGAGUGUCAGAUUUACUCUGGACUGUUAAUAAAAGGUAUCAUUU